AUGUGGACGCUCACCGGACUGUUGCUGUUGCUGGCAGCAGCUUCACACACUGUGGCCAAGCCCAAAAACCGUUUCACUCAUUAUCCUUCAUGGAACACGAAGAUGUACCCGAUCUGGAAAGAUGCAGACCCACGAUACAUAGACUCCUGGAAAGGAGGAAGAGUGAGCUUCAAUGUCGCCAAUGAUUCACCGACUCUGACCGGAGCCAAAGUGACCUUCAGCAUCGACCUGGAGUUCCCUCACAACCAGAGGGUGCAGCCGGACGGGGACGUCGUUUGGGCCGAAGACUGCACAGUCAACGGAACCAAACACCGCGAGUCGGAGCCCGUGUUCCCGACACAGAGCACAGACUGGGAGGCGGUUUUCCCUGAUGGGACGCCAGUGAAGAAGGACAAGAAGCCGGCCUACGUGUUCGUGUGGAAGACCUGGGGUCAGUACUGGCAGGUGGCCGACGGCCCCUCCUCCUCUCUGACCAUCGCCACAGACGACGUCCCACUGGGCUCCUACACCAUGGACAUCGUGAUCUACCACUACCGGAGCAAAGAGAGGUUCAUUCCUCUGGGAUACGCCUCCACCCAGUUCUCCAUCACUGAUCAAAUCCCCUUCGCCGUCUCCCUGGACCAAGUCAACGACGCCGUGGCCGGGGACCUGCGCUUCAUCCUGAACAGGGCGAUCGCCUUCACCAUCACCCUCCACGACCCCAGCCAGUACCUCCGAGACGCAGACAUCACCUUCAACUGGGACUUCGGGGAUGAGAGUGGAGCUCUCAUAUCCAGGGAGCUCUCCGUCACCCACACCUACAUCCGCUCCGGCUCCUUCAAGCCUCAGGUGGUGAUCCAGGCUGUCAUCCCGGACAAGGCCUGCGAUCCGCCAGUUGAGACCCCGACCACGGCCCCUGGUCCACACCCUGAACUGGGUUCCACAGUGAGAGCUCCUGCACUGGCAUCUGCUCUCCCUCUACUGGUUUCCACCAAGGCCACUGGUCUGCGUGUCAGCAUUGGGCCUUCAGACACAGAGGAGGACAACACCGAGGAUGAGGCCUCCACUGCCUCCGUCACUCAGCCGGCACAGGAAACACCUGCAGUCACAAAGACCCCCUCCCCCACCAACCGCCAGGCGCCGGCGGCCUCUGACGGGAGGCGUGGCCUGGCAGCAGGUGCAAAGCGAACCCUGACAGGCCGAGCUACAGCGGUGGUGGUUGCUAAGAGACAAGCCGGUGAUAAACCCUCUGACGACGACUGUGUGAUCUAUCGCUACGGCUCCUUCUGCACCGGCAUCGAGGUGUUCGAGGGAAUCGGAAAGGUGGAGAUAACACAAAUGAGCAAUGCUGUGAUGGCAACACCGGAGGUGGAGAGAAAGGUGUUGGACAUCACCGUCACCUGCCAGGGAAGCUUUCCUAAAGAGGUGUGCAGUGUGAUCCUGGAUGCCGAGUGCCUGAAGCCGAUCCACUCGGAGUGCAACACGGUGGAGCCUUCGACGGAGUGUCAGCUGGUGCUGCGGCACUUCUUCAACGACUCCGGUGUCUACUGCAUCAACGUGUCCAUGGCCAACGACAUCAGCUUAGCCGUCACCAGCGCCAGAUUCCACGUUGAGAUGGGUCCUGCUGUGUCCUCCUCUGGAGCAGUUGCCAUGUUGCUGGGUGUGCUGGUGCUGGUUCUAGCAGCAGGAAUAGUGGCAUAUUCCUACAAGCGCUUCAAGACCUACCGACCUCUGAGGGAGGACUCGCUCCCGUCUGGAGGCCGGCAGCUCGACGCGACUCAGAGCGGCUCUGGAGCCUCCAUCUUCUGGAACCUCCUGAACAGACGAGGAGCCGUGGACAACUGCCCCCUGCUGCAGGAGCGGCCGGUGUGA